GCCCCUCGUGGUCGCUGCCCGCUCUGCGGCCAGCCCGAGGGGGAGGAGCCGCCCGACAGGACGCCCCGCCCCGACGGGGGCCCGCCUCUCCUUGCGCAAGAUGGCGGCGGCGGCUGUCGGGGCGGCGGAGCUGGGCCCGCGCCCGGGCCGGAGGUAGCGGAGGGCGAGGCGAAGCGAGCGGCCAUGCACUUCUCCAUCCCCGAGACCGAGAGCCGCGCCGCCGACGGCGCCAACGCCGCCUACGUGGUGCGUGGCUGGACGGGGGGGGGGGAGGGAGGGAGGCAGGGAAACGCCGACGCCCCCCGGAGAGGACGGCCCGCUCUCCCCGAGUCCCCCCCCGGCGCUCGCGGGAUCCGCCGGCCUGCAAAGGGCCACGGGGGGGGGGUGUCCGCUUGGGCCCCGACGGGGCGGCCUCCGCCGGCCGGCUGCCCUCUUCUCUUUCCCGGCCGCCCUCCCCGGGGAAGUAGCGGGACGAGGGCUCCGCGGGCUCGGGCUCCAUCAGGCCAGAGGGCCUUAGUGUGGGGCGCAGCGCUCGGGGCCUCCCGUCCUGCGCCACUUAACCGGGAAAGAGUCACACUAGUGGCGCCCGCCCCCCCCCCGUCCAUUUCCCAUUUCCAUUUCGGAGAAGGGAAAGGGCCCAUCGGGCUGCCAGCCUGGGGGGGGGGUGUGCCAGCUGCGCCAAGCGGCCACUGGGGCACCGAGUCCUCCCCUUCUGCUCCUGCUGGGGCGGCCGCGGUCUUUCCUGCUCCGCUCCCGAAGCCUCUUUCUGGUGGGGGGAGCGGGUCCGGGGCCCCCCUGCCGUGCUUGCUGCCCCCUCGGUUGCUCUGUCCGUGGGGUGAGGCCCGCCUGGCCCCUCCCUGACCUGCCCCCCUCUCUCCCCUGGCAGGCCUACAACAUCCAUGUCAACGGCGUCUUGCACUGCCAGGUGCGCUACAGCCAGCUGCUGGGCCUGCAUGAACAGGUAGGGGGCGCAUUGCGGGGGUGGGGCUGGAUGACCCUCGGGGGUCCCUUCCAACGGAUUGCGUGCGCAGGCCGAGGGGUGUUGGCUGGGAGCUUUCCCCCGAUGUUUGGGGCAUGGGGGGGUCUGGCCCCCUUGUUCUGGAGCCGGGCCGGGCGCAGAAACGCUCUCCCUCCUUGCAGCUCCGGAAGGAGUAUGGGGCCAACGUGGUGCCCGCCUUCCCCCCCAAGAAGAUCUUCACCCUCACCCCCGUGGAGGUGGAGCAGCGGCGGGAGCAGCUAGAGAAAUACAUGCAGGCCGGUGAGUCCCUGGGAAGGUGGGCUUGAGGGCCGGGGGGGCCUAGCAAGGACCCCCCCUGGGCUGACGGCUCCCCUUCUCUCCUCCUUGUGCCCCCGCAGUGCGCCAGGACCCCUUGCUGGGAGGCAGCGAGAUCUUCAACAGCUUCCUGCGCAAGGCUCAGCAGGUGAGGCGGGGCAGGUGAGUUGGGGGGGCCCGGUGGGUGAAGGGCCAGGUGCUGACCCUCUUUGUGCCCCCCAGGAGACCCAGCAGAUCCCCACAGAGGAGGUGCAGUUGGAGGUGCUGUUGUCCAAUGGACAGACCGUCAAGGUCAACCUCCUCACCUCGGACCAGACGGAGGACGUCCUGGAGGUGAGGCCUUUUUUUGGGGGGGGGGAGUGUGAUCAACAUGUCCAGAAAGGAAUGGGGGGGGCAGGGGGUUUAUUAACAAAACCAAAAGGAAGUUAACAAUGGCACUUAGCCAGACGUACCAAAGGUAAAACAUGAAAGCAGAUUGUAUUUGAACGCCUUGAAUGUGUUUUCUGCCUUUCUUAAGAUGGCAGGUCUUUUUCCCCAGGGGAGGGAGGGAGGGAAAGAGGGAGGAAGCAGCUGCUUUUGGUGACCCCCCCCCCAUUUGCUCCCCAUUGUCCGCAGGCCGUGGCCUCCAAGCUGGACCUGCCAGAGGACCUGAUAGGCUACUUCCACCUCUUCCUGGUGCGAGAAGCCAAGGACGGGGCCUUUUCCUGUGAGUGCUCCCCCCCCCCUGCUGUUAUGUGCGCCUCGCUGGGCAGGAUCGGGGAGGGAAAGGAGGGGGGGUUUGGGGGGUGGCAGGAAGGGGGGGGGCUGGUCUGGGUGCUGGUGCUGCAACUCUGCGUUGGUUUUCUUCCCAGUCAUCCGGAAGCUGCAGGAGUUUGAGCUGCCCUACGUGUCCGUCACCAGCCUCCGCAACCCCGAGUACAAGAUCCUUUUGCGCAAGAGGUGAGGGGGUGGCUGCUGCCACGGGGGGGGGGGGCAGACACCAGACCCCCAGCCAGCGCAGACCCUCUAACGGCCCCAGCUCCCUCUUUUCCCCGCAGCUACUGGGACUCCGCCUACGACGACGACGUGAUGGAGCAGCGGGUGGGGCUGAACCUGCUCUAUGCCCAGGUGAGCACCGGGACCCUGGCUGGGCUGCGGGGUUGGACUAGAUGACCCUUGGUGUCCCCUCCAACUCUGUACAGCCCCAAGAUUCCUCUCCUGUCCCCUUCCAGACGGUGGCCGACAUCGAGAGGGGCUGGAUCCUGGCAAACAAAGAGCAGCAUCGCCAGCUGAAGUCCCUGCAGGAGAAAGUCUCCAAGAAGGAGGUCGGUUGGGACCCUGCGUGGGUCGGGCGCUGCCAGCUUGGAGGGCUCCAACGCUGCCUCGGUUUUGGAGGGUUGGACUGGAGGACCCUUUAGUACCCCCUCCUACGCUGAGAUUCCCACUCUCUCUUUCCUUGGCACAGUUCAUCCGCCUGGCGCAGACGCUCAAGUAUUACGGCUAUCUCAAGUUUGACCCCUGCGUGACGGACUUCCCCGAGAAGGGCUGCCACGUCAUUGUGGGCGCCGGGAACAGCGAGCUGAACUUCCAGGUCAAGCUGCCCAGCGACCAGAUCAAGGAGGGCAGCUUCAAAGUGACGCGCAUGCGCUGCUGGAGGGUCACGUCCUCGGUGAGUGAUGCCCCUUUCAGUUGCACCGAGCCCUGUGCCCGUCUGGCCAGUUGGGCAGGUGGCUGCCUCUCGGACCUCUUUCUCCCCUGGCAAUUUGUGGGUGUGUCCCCCCCCCCCCGCAAGUGCAGAAAUGCUUCACACCCCACACCUGCUCCUUUCCAGGUCCCCGUGCAUAACGGGACGUCCGGCCCAGCGGGCAGCAAGUCGGAGGUGAAGCUGGAGUUGGCUUUUGAGUACCUGAUGAGCAAGGACCGCCUGCAAUGGGUCACCAUCACCAGCCCCCAGGUAGGCCCAGCAGUGAGGCGGGAGGGUUUGGCCCUGGGGACCCCCUUGCCCUGCCCCAUACCCGCUUCUGCGCUCGAGAGCAUGCUUGCCCAAUAACGCACGCCAAACACUUCUUGAGAAAUGCAAACCGGCUUUUAUUCUAGUCUGACUCACAGCCCCAAAAUUAUGGCGCAAGAGGCUGGAUUUCCUGCCUGAGGUCAGCAAAACCGGGGCUCUUGCUGGGGGCGGGGGCGGUGUGGCACAUGGGACUAAUGUCACAAGGUCUCCCCCCCCCCUGCAGGCGAUAAUGCUGAGCAUCUGCUUGCAGUCGAUGGUGGAUGAGCUGAUGGUGAAAAAGUCCGGGGGCAGCAUCCGCAAGGUGAGGCUUUGGGCCCCCAGCAGACCUGGGGGGCAGGGCGGGGGACGGAAACAGAGCCACCCUGUUUUUGAGGGGCACAAGACUAACCUACUUUGCUGUCUUCUCCCCCCACCAGAUGUUUCGUCGGCGAGCCAAUGGCGGCCUGCAGCGCUCCGACAGCCAGCAAGCCGUGAAGUCCCCCCCUCUCCUGGUAAGAAGCCCCUAACCCCACCAGACCCCUGCCCCAGCCUGCCCCUGUGGGGGGCUUGGUCUCCUCUGACAUGUCUUCCUGUCCCAGCAGGAUUCGCCCGAUGGCAGCCGGGACUCCCUCACGAAGGUUGCGGUGAGUAGCGCCUCCCUUUGCCCCCCUCCCGCGGCCCCUGACUUGUGGAAGGGGGCCCCAGGGGACAUCUAGCCCAGGUCCCAGGGGCUGCCUGUUCUCACUCCCCCCCCCCGCCCUUCCUCCCCCAGAGCAAGCUCAGCUCGGUCAGCCUGAGGGCCAUCAGCCAUUCCAGCUCCGCCACCGACAUCGGGGCGAACAAUUUCCACGGCAACUACGCCUUCGAGGGCAUCGGCGACGAAGACCUGUGAGCGGCCUGCCCCCCCCCCCCGCCUCCAUGUGGAAUGUACGACCUCCCGGGUUGACCUGGAUGUGCCUCGACCCCAGCCGGCUCCUCGCCCCCCACCUCGCCACCCCCGGGCCCCGGGACGGGCAGCGGGUGGGGUUGCCGGCUGGCGGCUUCAGCUCCAUACGCGCCAAAUUAGGGUAGAGUGGACAUUUUGCACAGCGAUCCGACGCAGCUCUGGCGCUGGCCAAUAGACUUCUGUGUAACUGCUAGGCUUGUAAUCUCGUUUAAUCUCCCUGCUGUUUACAGAUGAACACGAACGAAUGUUUGUGGCGAUGAUUAAAUAGAUCAUGAUUGGGAAGUCCUGUCUGCGUCUCCUCCUGCCUUCUCCUCCUUUACACAACACAAAGGAAUACAGAGAAAGGAAGAAACAGCUCACACAACUCUCCGCAAUUCUAUAGAACUUUGCAAAGACCAGAUGUAAGAAUUGGGCAUUUAUAUUCCACCAAGUGUCUGUUUCUUUAAAUAACAGCCUUUCCUUAAAAUAUGCAAUACCAAAAUCAUGUCCUGGUGCGAUACAGGAUGUCCCCAAACUAAAGUCCCGCCCAAUAUCCCUCCUUUCAAUAAAGAGAAAAUAAUAGCUACAAGUAUGUUUGUUUCUAAAGGAUAAUCCACAUCCCUGGGAGUGUUGUAGCGUUCUUCUCAAUCGCUCCAACCGCAGUGGCAGCUGGGGCACUUGGUGGAAUAGAAAAGUUUUACGUUUGGUCUUUGCAAAGUUCUAUAGAAUUGCAGAGAGUUGUGGGAGCCGUGUUUCUCCUGCUUUACAGAGAAAGGGUAACUGCCCCUUCUGUGCUAUUUAUGGGGGGGGAAGACUCCCCAAACCACCUACUUCCUGGGGGGGAGGGGGAAGCCACCUCCCAGCAAUGCCGGUUGCCGCGUGUGAGUUUCGGUUCUGCUGCUCUCCCCCAGCCAAAAUAAAGCAAGAUAAGAAAACAGUUUAAUGCAUUAAUACACGAUAUAAAUUACACAGACUCAAGCAGCAACCACAGUUAAAAGGGGCUGGGGAGGAGGCACAGAGAGGACAGGAAAGCACCAAGAACCGCCCUCAGUCAGAGAGUUUCUUUGGGGGGGGGGGAGUGUUCUGUUGCCCCACAGAUACAAUCUUUUCCAGGUGACGUGAAAAGGGCCCAAUCCGCAGGAGCAGGCAGUGCCCAGCUGCGUUUUGGCCAAGGAGGUCCCAGUGCUCCACUGCCGGCACGAACUGCACUGCCCCCCCCCCCCCCGAAAGGUCCCUACAGCUGCUUCCCCCAAUCCUGGGGGUGGGGGCUUGUUUGGCGUGUGGAAGAGGCCCCCUCUUUCUCCUCGCGCAGUCUGAGCCUAUUCCUAUGCAGAGGCACCCGGGAGGAGGCGGGUGCCUUGGUGUGGCGGGUGGCGCGGUCUCCCCCCGCGGGCCCUCAAGGCAGGCUGCUGUCCAGGCUGGGGCCCCCCUCCUCCUCGGGCAGGCCCUGGCCGUGCACCUUCUGGUGCCGCUUGUAGUUGUCCCAGUGGCCGGUGGUGUAGGGGCAGAGGCGGCACUGGAAGGGCUUCUCUCCCGUGUGCCUCAGCAUGUGGCGCUUGAGGUUCAUGCUCUGGUUGCAGGAGUAGGAGCAGAGGCGGCAGCGGAAGGGCUUGUCCCCCGAGUGGAUGCGGCCGUGGCGCUUGAGGUUGGCCAGGUUGCCGCAGGCGUAGGGGCACAGCGGGCACUUGUAGGGCUUCUCUCCCGUGUGCACCCGCUGGUGGCGCUUGAGGUUGUCGAGGUGUGCCGAGGCGUAGGGACACAGGGCACAGGCGAAGGGCUUCUCCCCGCUGUGCGUCUUCAUGUGCCGCGCCAGGUGGUUGGGGUAGGUGGUGACGAAGGGGCACAGCUGGCACGAGAAGCCCUUGGGCGACGACUGCUCUGCCCCCAGCACCGCCAGGCUGCAGCGCCCGCACACCGGCUCGCCCAGGCCCUCGUCCGCCUCCAGGACCAGUCCGCACGCCCGGCACGUGAAGGGGAAGAGCAGAUCCGGGAGGACGGCCGCAGAGUCCUCGGGCCUCAGGAACGGGGAGCCCGGGGCCAAGAGCGGAGGCUCUG